AUUCAAUUCAAUUCAAUUAAUAAAAGCUUCUCCUGAAAACUUCUCUUUUUACCAUUGGAGGUGUGUGCCAUUAGUAGUAGACACGGCGACCGUUUCUUCUUCUUCUUCUUCGCCUAAAUCUCGCUUGUAGCCGGAAAAUUCGCCGGAGGAGAAUCAAGGCAUUGUGCUCUUUGGUUUGUAGUCGAAUUCUCGAGACGGGCAAAUGUCGGAUAUUAGGAAGUGGUUUAUGAAAGCUCAUGAAAAAGGGAAUGGAAGUGCUCCGAAAUCGACGUCUUCCAAGGCAGGUCCUGUGAAGAAUGCUGCAGAGACUGCACCAAUAAAAUCAGAGCAGGCUAGUGAAGACUUGGAAACUGCUGAUAGAAGAAAAACGAGCAAGUAUUUUGGUAAAGAUAAAACAAAAGUUAAAGAUGAGAAAGAGGUGGAAGCAAUUCCUGCCAAGAGGAAACUUAAGACUGAGUCUGAUGAUUUAGUCAAGCCUCGUCCAAGAAAGGUUACAAAGGUUGUUGAUGAUGAUGAUGAUGAUUUUGAUGUACCUAUUUCAAGGAAGACUCGUGAUACCACUCCCAGCAAAAAACUAAAGUCGGGGUCAGGUAGAGGAAUUGCAAGUAAAACUGUUGAUAACGACGAUGAUGAUGAUGGUGAAGAUAAGGAGACUCCUCUAAAAUCUGCCGGAAGAGGCCGUGGCGGUAGAGCUGCUCCAGGGGCCUCAACUGGUGGAAGAGGUAGAGGUGGAGGGCGAGGUGGAUUUAUGAAUUUUGGUGAAAGGAAAGACCCACCGCAUAAAGGAGAAAAGGAAGUUCCUGAAGGCACCCCUGAUUGCUUAGCUGGAUUGACAUUUGUAAUUAGCGGAACACUUGACAGUUUAGAAAGAGAAGAAGCAGAAGAUCUGAUUAAGCGGCAUGGUGGUCGUAUUACAGGCUCUGUUAGCAAGAAAACGACCUACCUUUUGUGUGAUGAAGACAUUGGCGGAAGGAAAUCUGAAAAAGCUAAAGAGCUGGGCACUAAGUUCCUUACAGAGGAUGGCCUAUUUGACAUAAUCCGGUCCUCUAAACCUGUAAAAAAGUCUCUACCUGAAAGGUCAAACAAAGGCACUGAAAAAAUCUGUGCACCACCGAAGACAAGUCCUCAGAAAGAAGAAACAAGAGGAAAACCUUUGGCAAAAAGUUCGCCCAAAAAGGUCCCCCCGGCGAAAGGAAAAAAUAAAAUUAUCGAGACUUCCUUGCCCUGGACGGAAAAAUACAGACCGAAGGUUCCAAAUGAGAUUGUUGGGAAUCAGUCGUUGGUUACUCAACUUCACAACUGGCUGUCCCACUGGCAUGAUCAAUUUGGAGGUACUGGAAGUAAAGGAAAGGGGAAGAAAUUGAAUGAUGCUGGUUCCAAGAAAGCUGUACUUUUGAGUGGAACACCUGGUAUUGGAAAAACAACAUCAGCAAAGUUGGUUAGUCAGAUGCUUGGUUUCCAGGCAGUUGAGGUUAAUGCUAGUGACAGUCGUGGAAAGGCGAACUCGAAUAUUGCCAAAGGAAUUGGUGGCAGCAAUGCAAAUUCUGUAAAAGAACUUGUCAAUAACGAAGCCAUGGCUGCCAACUUCGAUAGGUCAAAGCACCCGAAGACUGUUCUAAUCAUGGAUGAAGUAGAUGGAAUGUCUGCAGGCGACAGGGGAGGUGUUGCAGAUCUUAUUGCUAGCAUUAAAAUAUCAAAGAUUCCUAUCAUCUGCAUUUGUAAUGACCGAUAUAGUCAAAAACUGAAGAGUUUAGUAAACUACUGUCUUCCCCUCAAUUACCGGAAGCCCACGAAACAGCAGAUGGCAAAAAGGCUGAUGCAUAUUGCUAAGGCAGAAGGCCUUGAAAUUAAUGAAAUUGCCCUGGAAGAACUCGCUGAGAGAGUGAAUGGUGACAUACGAUUGGCCGUAAAUCAGCUCCAAUAUAUGAGCCUGUCCAUGUCAGUCAUCAAAUACGAUGAUAUCAGGCAGCGCCUGCUAAGCAGUGCGAAGGAUGAAGAUAUUUCCCCUUUCACAGCUGUUGACAAGUUGUUUGGUUACAAUGGUGGGAAGCUGAGAAUGGAUGAACGGAUUGACCUAAGCAUGAGUGAUCCGGAUUUGGUUCCCCUACUUAUACAGGAAAACUAUCUCAAUUAUAGGCCAAGCGGUAAAGAUGAGGCAAAACGAAUGGAUUUACUCGCUCGUGCUGCUGAAUCUAUUGCCGAUGGAGAUAUUAUCAACGUGCAGAUUCGAAGAUACAGACAAUGGCAGCUCUCUCAAUCUUGCUGUGUUGCAUCUUCUAUUCUCCCAGCUUCAUUGUUGCAUGGAUCAAGGGAGGUACUCGAGCAGGGAGAGCGUAAUUUCAAUAGAUUUGGUGGGUGGCUUGGCAAGAAUUCUACUGCGGGAAAAAAUAGACGGUUAAUGGAGGAUCUGCAUGUUCAUGUCCUUGCUUCCCGUGAAUCCAGCGCUGGAAGGGAGACACUUCGUGUUGAUUAUCUUCCCCUUCUCUUGAGCCGCUUGACUAGCCCACUUCAGACACUGCCUAAGGAUGAAGCAGUUUCAGAAGUUGUUGAUUUCAUGAACUCCUACUCUAUAAGCCAGGAGGACUUUGAUACUAUUUUGGAGUUGGGAAAAUUUAAGGGACGUGAAAAUCCGAUGGAGGGUGUUCCACCUCCAGUUAAAGCAGCUUUGACCAAAAAAUAUAAUGAGAUGAAUAAAACCAGAAUGGUACGUGUGGCGGACAUGGUGCAGCUUCCGGGAGUGAAAAAGGCGCCAAAGAAGCGAAUAGCUGCUAUGCUGGAACCAACUGUUGAUAGUUUGAGAGAUGAAGAUGGUGAGCCGUUAGCAGAUAAUGAAGAAGGAAAUGGAUCAGACGCUGAAGAAGACUCAGAAGAAGCAACCGAUGGAGAAAAGCUGGAGUCCAAUCUUAAAAAUCUGAAUGCUAGAGGUUCGUCUUGUUACUGCUUUAGAUAGUUGUCUUUACCUUAAGAAAGCCAUUCAGUCUAGAACCUAAAUUCAUAUAUACUGGCUCUGAAUGAUGACGACUUUCCAAAAACUUGACUCCUUAUCCCUCUCUGGGCGGGGAUCUGCAAGUCUUAACGGAAUAUAAUCGGGUUGCAGGGAUCCAAGUGGAAUUGGAUUUGAAAGGAGCUGGAAGCUCAGGUUCAAGAAAGGCGGCUGGUAAAGGCAGAGGCAGAGGGAAAGCAGCUGAUACGUCUGCUGAGAAGAAAGCUACAGGAAGAGGCUCUGGUGCCAAGAGAAAGAGAUAAGAAGCCAAUCGCAUCGGUUUCCAGGCAAAUUUUUUCCAAGAAGUCUCUAUUGGAAUCUCCAUGUCUGUACAACGAAGGUUUUUUUUUUCUGGAUUGGCAGAUGAAUUUAUGAUGUUUCUGGGGUUUAAGAGCGGAUUCUAGUUUUGCUUGAACUCAGAAUGCCUGCCAUUUAACCGUUCGACUAAUGAUGAACACUAGUAUGGUCAAAAUGAACGCAGAAUGCAAAUGGAUGAAGAUUUUUGUAGAUUUUUUGAGAAAGAGUAAUACUUUGAAAUUUUCACUAAAAGGGCAAACACAAGGUCAAAAAUAUC